GUGGUCCUCUCCUGGGCAGGUGGCUUUCUCCUCAUCCUCCCGUCCACGGUCCUGAAGGCAGGCCUGCCCUACUGCGGCCCCAACGUCAUCGACCACUUCUUCUGUGACAGCGGCCCCCUCCUGCACUUGGCCUGUGCCGACGUCCGCGCCAUCGAGCUCCUGGACUUCCUCAGCUCCCUGGUCCUGCUGCUCAGCUCCCUCUCGCUCAUGGUGGUCUCCUACAUCUACAUCGUCUCCACCAUCCUGAAGAUCUUCUGGGGCCAAGGUCGCUGCAAGGCCUUUGCCACCUGCGCCUCGCACUUCACCGUGGUCUCCAUGGGCUUCGGGAUCUCCAUCUUCGUGUACGUGCGACCCUCCCAGAAGAGCAGCCUGCACCUCAACAAGACCCUCUUCAUCCUCUCCAGCUCCUCACUCCCCUGCAGAACCCCUUCAUCUUCAGCCUUCGGAAUGAAACCAUGAAAGACGCACUGAAGGACGCC